ACAAGUAAUCAAGGUUUUGUCAAGAAGUUUUUGUGAGAAGGAGCUGGAGAGAUCCUUUUUCUUUUUUUUUUGUUUGCUGCAUUAUGACUUGUCUGUCCGUACUGCUCCCUGUGCUUCUGGCUGUCUUGAAGCUAGCAGCCUCACAAGGAAAUGAAUCUCUCUUUGUCACUGAGCAAGAGCUCUUCAAAAGAGUGGUGGACCUCCUAGUGUCUGGAGAAGACAUCCUGAGUGAGACAGCAGUCACCUCUUUAAUAAGUAUCUUAGAGAACCGUGUGCAGUGUUCUGAGGUGCCGUGUGAAAAGUGCUUAUCAGCCGAUGAUAUUUUUGAACUUGCUGGGAAGAACAGCAGUGACAUCAAAGCACUGACAUCUGAUGACUUUUUUCAAAUUUCUCCUGGUUUGCUGCUCUUUCUGAGCGACCCACAGAAAGUGUGCCAUGACAUACAGGCCAACAAGUGGGAAAAAGAAACAAUAGUGUUCACAGAAAAUCUAUUGACGGCAAAUGAUACCAGCCAAAUCCCUGAACUCACCUACGACCAAGUGGAAGAGGUGCUGCAGAAAAUACAAAAGAACUAUCUGACAGUGGCCAAAGGUCAGCCUUGUGUCAACUCAACUCAAAUCUUAGAAGAAUACGAAUUGGUGUCUAAUGGAAUGAAGGGAAUUAAUAUUGGUCGCUUUUCUGCUAUUGUCCUUUGCCAUGUCUUACAAGGAGAUUGCAUACUCCAAUAUCUAUUGCCAGGGCCUGAGUACUUCCUUAACUUUAUAUUUCACAUGUAUCAUAAUGAAUCCAGGAAUCUCACCAGAACAGAACUUGAAGACUUGAUGGGUAAAAUCGGUUUAGGUCAUAAUAACCAAGAGGAUCAAGACCACGGGCAAGAGAGUGAUAGUGAAGAUCACUGGCAUGAAAGCAAUAAUGGCCAUCGGUCCAACCAACUGCCAAGUCAUGGCCAGGAGGAAGAGGAUAGUGCCUGGGAUAUGAAAUGUUUUAGCUCCAGUGAAAUAAUGAUGAUCCAUCAGAUUGCGACCAAUGGCAUGAUUUCCCACAGUGAUUUCGUUCAGUUGAGCCCUGCAUUAAUCCAGCAGCUUCUGAGUCAAGCCUGCACCAGAACACACCAAGGCACAGAACACCACAAAUUUCAGCUGACCACUGCCGAAAAAUUUAUUUAUGGAUCAAUUGCAACGUUGAUUGUCAGCCUUUGUGCGGUGAUUGGGAUCGUGGUUGUUCUAUUCACCAGCUGCACCAAUGCUUAUCAGUAUGUCAUACAGGGUUUUGUAAGUCUGGCUGUGGGGUCACUAACCGGCGAUGCUAUAUUGCAUCUCAUACCCACGUUUCUUGGCUUACACUCUCACGAGAAUAGUCACCAUCACAUGCCAGCCCCUCACAUCUGGAAGCUGAUGGCCGUUCUUGGAGGCAUCUAUGCUUUUUUCGUGAUGGAAAAGCUAUUUGGAAUACUAAUAAAAGAUGAUGAUGUAAAGGACCAUCAGCACUGUGACCAUGAGUUAGCACUUCAAGCAUUUAAAGAUAAUCAAAACAGUCAGCAGAAGAAAAAGCAGACAACAUCCCAGGUUGAACUGAUGUCCUCGGAAGUGUCCUUAGAAGGUGACUUUGGUCAACAUCCUAAUAAAGCUUUGCGGGUACUUCCAUACAUGAUAGUGAUUGGUGACGGGAUCCAUAACUUUGCAGAUGGGCUGGCUCUGGGAGCAGCUUUCUCUGUCUCUUGGAAAACAGGACUGGCCACAACACUUGCAGUUUUAUGUCACGAACUUCCUCAUGAAAUGGGUGAUUUUGCAGUUCUGUUGCAUUCUGGAAUUUCUGUGAAGAAAUCUAUCCUCAUGAACUUUGGCAGUGCCUUGACUGCAUUUAUUGGACUUUACAUAUCAUUAGCUGUUGCGACAGAUGAGAUAGUGCAAGAGUGGAUAUUCACCGUAGCAACUGGGCUCUUUCUAUACGUGGCUCUUGCAGAUAUGCUUCCAGAGAUGAUGCAAGCAAAGAGCAAGAAUCCCUGGAUUUUAUUCCUUCUGCAAAAUGUGGGAUUAUUUGUCGGCUGGACCAUUUUAAUCCUAUUGUCGCUCUAUGAGGAUCAGAUUCAAUUUGGAUAGAGCACAAUGUUUCUGCUCUGAAUAUUUUCUGUUGGGGCAGUUUACGUAGUUCUCUUUUUUAAUCUUCACUGCAGGACAGUGGAUUGCAGUUGCAAAGCUGAUGGUGGAACAUGUCUAUUCAGUAAUGUUUAAUUUGCCAAUCCAAUUUAAUUUUAUUUUAAGAGGCACAUGGAGAUAUCCCUGGUCCCUAGAAACAUCAGGACAAACAGCCUUUAGUGGGUUAAAUUUUGAGGCAUCAUGAAGGAAGAAAUAAUUAACAAAGAGAUAACGAUAAGACUUCAGCAAGGCCGACCACAAGAUUCUGCAAUGAAAACUGGCUGAAAUAUUGGAAACAAUGGGUAACCUCCAAAAGAUGCUACAUUCUAAUGUGACCAUAUAUUGGUGCUUGGGUUACUAUCAUUUACAAUGUGCACAGGUUAAGGAAUAGGGACUAAAACAUAGAUAUAUAAUAUGCUGGUGGUGCCAAAGGUGGAAUUUGGGGUUUGCAAAUAAAGUGGACACAGUAGACCAAAUACUAAGGGAGCUGGAUAAAUUGUUAAAGAUCAGAUAUUGCUUACAUGGAUAAGUCAGAGAGAUGAUAAUUAGUGAGAAUAUAGGUUAAUAAGUAUUAACGUAGUGGUAUCUGGAGGUAUUAUGGAGAGUGGCUGAAAAGUGAGAACCAUUUAAGUAGUAAGGUCAGUAUAAACAAAGAGGAGAUGAACCAGGUCACAAGUCAGGGAGGAAAUAGCAAGGUGUGUAACCAAGCAGAAAUCAUCAAUAAUUUAAGCAACAUAAAUUAGACUUUAAUAUAUGCAUUACAUAUCAACCCCCCUUUUUUUAAUGAAGGCAAGAUGAUUUGAACUUUACAAAUAUGUAGCAAGUACACAUAUGAGAAAUCACAGCCAUAGAGUCAUAAAUCAAUACAGCACAGAUACCGGCCCUUCGGCCUAACCAGUCCAUGCCGACCACUGUACCCACCCGACUAGUCCCAAUUUCCUGCAUUCGGCCCAUAUCCCUCUAAGCCCCACCUUUCCAUGUACCUAUCCAAGUGCUUCUUAAAUGACACUAUAGUACCUGCCUCACCCACUUCCUCUGGCAGCUCAGUCCAUACACUCACCACCCUCUGCGUGAAAAAGUUGCCUGUCAGAUUCAGCAAAUAUAUUCAGUGAAUAGCUGAGGCAAAUCUGAAGUUCUUGUACUCAUUACAACAUGUAAACUAUCUCCAAACAUAUGCCAUUUAUCAUUGCUAUAAAAAAAAUGAAUAACAUUUGACAAAAUGUCGGCCUUGACUCAGCUCUGGAUAGCAAGGAUCAAAUUCCAUUCCAGUGAUGAAACUCAAGAGUUGGAAAUGAAAACCACUAUGAUACUGGAGGAAAUCAGCAGGCCAGGCAGCAUCCGUGGAGAAAAGCUUUUCUCCACGAAUGCUGCCUGGCCUGCUGAGUUCUACCAGCAUCAUAGUGUUUUUCAUCUAGAUUCCAGCAUCUGCAAUCCUUUGUUUCUCUCAAAGUUGGAAAUGUUUUGUUAAAGUAAGUUAGUGAAGUGGUGCAGGACCUGAGUGGUAAAUCCUGUGACAUUACCACUAAUGUGGUCAGCCCUGACUCCAUUAAUAACACUCGUAUCUUUGAAUCAGAAUGCUGAGGCUCCACAUUUCACUCCAGAGGCUUUUAACACCAAAUAGAGGCUGGCAUCCCGGUACAGUACCAAAAGUGCCGCACUAAUGGAUUCACACUUUGGGUGAGCCAUUUAACUGAGGCUCUGUUUGCUCUCUCAGGUGGUACGAAAGAUUGUUGAGGAAAUUAAGUUCAAUUAAUUUGACAAAGUUUUGGAAUGAAAAGCUAGUGUCAGUAAUGAUAACCAUUAAAUUAUCCAAGCAAAAUCUCAUCUGGUUCAACAAUAUUGUUCAGGGUAGGAAGUAUACUGCCAUUAAACAAUCUGGUCUAUAUAUUAGCCCAGAAACACAGCAAAGUGAUUGACCCUGAAAAGCUUAACAAUUAGUUGUAUCAAAAUUGCUUGAAAAGUUCUAGUCUAACAGCAUUGUGAGAGAACCUUCAACAACAUUACAAGGAGAAUUAUGUAUGGCUGAUAAACAGUUCCCUGAGUACUGAGGUGAUUUCAUGAUGAAGCAGAAAUAAUGCAGAUUUAAAUUUGCAUUAUACUUUCCACACAUUAGGUAACAUGAUUCUCAGAGUUAUUCACCAAUGAAAAGAGCCCAUAUCCCAUGCCUUAGAACAUAGAACAGUACAGCACAGGAAGGUGCCCUUCAAUCCAUGAUGCCUUCAGAUGGCAAUCAAAAAUGCCCAGGUCGUCCAAACAACCACUCCAAACUAAAACUACAUCUAAAGUGCCGACUACCUAUACAGUCGAGUGAUUUUGAGAGUUGGCAUUUUCUCCCUGGAUUAGAAACUGUAAUUCUCAUUCCUAAUGUUUUAUUUGAGGGGUAGAAAAAUGCUUCUCUAAUCACAUGGGAAUGUUUUAAUUUACAUAAAAAUAUAAGUAAGGCAGUUGGCACCUUGAGCCUGCUCCACGAUUCAAUAAAAUUGGGGCUGACAUAACUCUCCUGCUCUCUCCCUGUACCCUUUAGUUCCUUUGUAGUUUAAAAGUCUGCCAGUCUCUGUCUUAAAUAUAUUCAAUGACUCUGCCCUCACAGCACUCUGUGAUAGAGAAGUCUAAAGAGUUAAAAUGCUUUGAGAGAAGAAAUUUCUCUGUCUGAAUUGGGCAAUCCUUAUUCUAGAUACUUCCACUGGGGGGGGGGGGGGCGGUGGAGGUUAAACUUCCUCAGCAUCCAUCCUGUCAAUUCUCCUCAGAAUCUGAGAUCACUUCUCAUUUUUCUAUAUUCCAAUGAGUAUAGGCACAAUCUACUCAAUUUUUCUUCUUACGUCAACUCCUUCAUCCCAGGACUCAACCUAAGGAAUCUUCUCUGCAAUGCCUCCAAAGCCUUCCACAAUCUUCCUUAAAUGUGGAGACCAAUAUCUACCUAUGUAUAUGUUGUUUGUUUAUUUUUGUUAUUUACAUUAGAUUAUUACUGUUUAC